GCUCUCCUAAGGCCUGUCACCAUUCCUCUGUGCAAUCCCCAUGGUACCUUCGUACACCGAUAUACACCAUGUAAAAUUUGAAGACUGUUACAUGUGACACAAGGGAUCAAAUCAUGACACUUCUUUGGUCAGUCCUGUUACUGUUCGUCUUCUUUGUCAGUAAAACACUUGGGGCUGCUCCCGUGAUAGGCGGCACCCCAAUUGUCUGCAACAUCGAUGAAGGCACCCAGGUUGAAACCAAACUCGUGUGCAUCAACUGUACCAGCGACCUGAACGUCGCGGUCAGUGGCAUCAGCAUCUCCCCAUCCUCGCCAUGUGGAACAUGCUUCAACGUCUACCAAGUAAAUCCAGAUGAAGGAUACUGCGUGUACUACCUGGCGAGUCAGGGGACGCUGUCUUACCGCAGGACUCCGGCCUACAACAUGGAGGUGGAGUGUAAAGACGGAGCUGGAGAGUCCUCCUCUGCUGUGGUGGAGAUCAGGGUCAGAACCAACGAGGCACCCACCUUCACUCUCACCACAGACCAGUGCAAACAGAACCCGUUCCCAACAAACACGGUGACGGGCGAGGUGAUUUUCGAUGGCGGGUCCGCCGUCGACCCCAACAACGACACUCUCUACUACAGCAUGUCCACAACUCCCGUUACAGACAACUUUGAAAUAGGAAUCAGUGAUGGAAUCAUCAGGGCUAAGAACCCGCUGGUGUUUGAGUGUAACCCGUCUGUGACCUUCAGCAUCAAAGUGCAAGAUGAGAAGAAUCCGGCUGUAGGGCCGCUGACUGUUACGUGUGCCUUCACCGCGUCCGUAGCGCCGACUAUUUCCAACGCCAACAAGGACAUAGAGGUGGUGGAGAAUACCACGGGCGAUGUCAUCACGCUGACGGCGUCGCCAACAACACCGGCUGUCACGUUCGACUAUUCCACAAACCCAGAGGAAGCCUUGUCAAUGUUUAGCUUUACUGAUGGUACUAUAAAGGUGGCGUACCCACUUGAUUAUGAAAAUGUGAAUCUCAAAUCGAUCAAUAUAACGGUGCUGCCAGAGAACGGCUACUGCAACCCCAUACCGCACUACAUCCACGUGGUGGUGACCGACGACAACGACGGCCCCAGUCUCACCCCGAAACAGCUGUCCAAGGAGCUGUACGAGGGAUUUAUAACGUUCUCUCCGGGGUUCACAGUAGUAGAUGAAGAUGCUGUCGACACCCACUAUUACAGCAUCAUUGGUGGCAACAAUAGGAACUACUUCACCAUAGAUCAGUCCACAGGCGUCAUCAGCUCCACCAUCGAGUACGACAUCGACACAGGAGCACCUAGGAGUAUGAAGGACACCGUUAACCUGACCAUCCAGGUCAAUGACACCAAGGGUCAUGCUGUGGACACCGCUGACUUGUACAUCACUAUCAAGGACACCAACGACAAUGCCCCUGUCUUCACAGAGACAUCGCUGACGGUGGACGUGACGGAGUGUGACCGGAUCGGGACGCUGCUGGCGACUCUAGUGGCUGAGGAUACGUUUGACUCCGACUACAACAACAACAAUGUUGUGUACAUAGAAGCUACCUCCAACGGCAACGUGGCUGCCACAGAGGACGGGAGUGUUUACCUGAAAAGCGCCAUAGCAGCUGGACAGACGAGCAUACUGACCGUGAAUGCUAAGGACCGAGGGACAUACCCCAAACAACAGACGAGUGUUAUCCCUGCGACUGUGACGGUGAGGUCUACAGCAUGCGUCGUCACAACCGUCAACACUGUUAUUGUCAACGCAGGAGGCGGGACUGGGACUGGGACUGGGACUGGGACUGGGACUGGGACAAACACCAACAACGCCGGCACAGGGAAUGCGGCAACGUCGACAUCAACUACAACUACUACUUCACCACUUGUUGACGUAAACCUAGGAACGUGUGAUGGUUUCUUCUGCGAUACAGCAAAUGUAAUGGCUCUUAUAUUCGGAGGCCUUGGUGCUAUUGGUUUACUGGCAGGACUCGCUUACUGCUUGAGUAAAUAUUGCAAGAACAAGACAUCACCAGAAGCAAAGGAAAAGGCGAAGGACAAAGCUGAGGAAAAGGCAAGAAAGAAAGCAGAGAAAAAAGCGAAAAAGCAAAAGAAAUCAAGUCCUGAUGCAUUCGACUUUUGGAGUAGCGGCGUUGUGUAACCCGUUCUGCUGAAUAUUUAUUGUGAAGUGGACAAUUAGCACGACAUGCUCUGCACAUUGUAUAUACGUGGUAGUGAUGGAUUCACAGGGUACACAACGAGCACCACUCUGUGCAUCUGAGUGAUUAGGAUAGACUAGUUUCACAACGCAGUGCGAUGUUUGCAUGAAGGAUAGGCUAGUGACUCACCACUCACCAUAACUGUGCAGUGUGCGCGGUAGUGAAGUAUAGACUGGUUGCACAACACUCGCCGCACCGUGCAAUGUGCGUGGUAGUCAAGUAUAAACUGCUUGCACAACACUCUCAACACCUUGCAAUGUGCGUGGUAGUGAAGUAUGGACUGCUUGCACAACACACUCCACACCGUGCAAUGUGCGUGGUAGUGAAGUAUGGACUGGUUGCACAACACUCUCCACACCGUGCAAUGUGCGUGGUAGUGAAGUAUGGACUGGUUGCACAACACUCGCCACUCCGUGCAAUGUGCGCGGUAGUGAAGUAUGGACUGGUUGCAAAACACUCUCCACACCGUGGAGAGUGUUGGUUGGGAAAGUAUGGACUGGUUGCACAACACUCACCACACCAUGCAAUGUGUGUGGUAGUAAAGUAUGGACUGGUUGCACAACGCUCUCCACACCGUGCAAUGUGCACGGUAGUGAAGUAUGGACUGGUUGCACAACACUCGCCACACCGUGCAAUGUGCGCAGUAGUGAAGUAUGGACUAGUUGCACAACACUCGCCACACCGUGCAAUGUGCGCGGUAGUGAAGUAUGGACUUGUUGCACAAGACUCUCCACACCGUGCGAUGUGCACGGCAGUGAAGUAUGGACUGGUUGCACAACACUCUCCACACCGUGCAAUGUGCGCGGUAGUGAAGUAUGGACUAGUUGCACAACACUCUUCACACCGUGUAAUGCGUGUGGUAGUAAAGUAUAGACUGGUUGCACAACACUCUCCACACCGUGCAAUGUGCACGGCAGUGAAGUAUAGACUGUUUGCUUAACACUCUCCACACCGUGCAAUGUGCACGGUAGUGAAGUAGGGACUGCUUGCACAACACACUCCACACCGUGCGAGGUGCGCGGUAGUGAAGUAUAGACUGGUUGCACAACACUCGCCACACCGUGCGAUGUGCACGGUAGUGGAGUAUGGACUGGUUGCACAACACUCGCCACUCCGUGCAAUGUGCGUGGUUGUAAAGUAUAGACUGGUUGCACAACACUCACCACGCUGUGCAAUGUCCGCGGUAGUGAAGUAUAGACUGGUUACUCUGCGCGGUAGUGAAGUAUGGACUGUUUACUUUGCGUGGUAGUGAAGUAUAGACUGGUUACUCUGCGCGGUAGUGAAGUAUGAACUGCUUACUCUGCGCGGUAGUGAAGUAUGGACUGCUUACUCUGCGCGGUAGUGAAGUAUAGACUGCUUACUCACCAUGCCGUGCAAUGUGCGUGGUAGUGAAGUAUGGACUGCUUACUCUGCGCGGUAGUGGUGUAUGGACUGCUUACUCUGCGCGGUAGUGGUGUAUGGACUGCUUACUCUGCGCGGUAGUGGAGUAUGGACUGUUUACUCACAAAGCCGUGCAAUGUGCGUGGUAGGGAAGUUCCACAGUAGUCACCAUGCCAAGCUAUAUGUCAACUCUAGUGCACGCUACUAUUGAUACACGUAAAAACACCUCAGUGCAAAUGUCCACAACUUCAUACAAUGUCACUAAAAGCAACUUUACGUACAUGUAUGCAUAGGCUAAAUGCAUGCUGAUAUGUCUGUCACUGUGUUUUGAUAAAUACAACAAAUAGUCUGAAAUAAAGAUGUGUCUUGAUGAUCUA